AUGUCGGUUUUUUGCACAAAUGAUCGUUUCGCUUCUUUAAUUACUGCGCCUGAGGUGUCGCAGCAACUUCAGAAGCGCCUAGAAGAUCUCGUCUCGCGAUCGCGUCAGAGCCACGCGGAGAACCACAGGUUAUACAGUUUUCCAUUGGAUGUGCCCAUCACAAUGGCUGAUGUAGAGCGGUGGGGUCAACGCCUUGGUGAUAGUGCCCCACCGCCGGCAACACCAAACGCAGCAUUCGUGGGUGGUGGUUUCACAGAUCCAGCAGCUGUGAUUUUUAUGGGUGAGGCAGUCGAUCGGGAGCGCGCUGUGCACAAACUGGCUCCGAUGAAAUUGUUUGACCCACGGCAGGUGGAUCGUACGCCCAUGACAAAAAUUCUUAUUCACAGACGCACAUGGUUGCCGUAUCGUCAGCGUUUGCCGGUGUAUCAGUGCCGUGGACCCAUUCUUAAUGCUCUGCGCAGUAGCCAGGUUCUAGCGCUUGUGGCUCCUCCCGGAAGCGGUCGCACAUUGCAGAUGCCGCAGAUUAUAUCGGAGACUGAAAUUUUUAAGAGCAAACGUCUAAUUGUUGUGUGUUCGACAAGUCUUUCAGCCUGCCGCACAGCUGAGCGGUUGCGGGAGGAGCGUGGCGAUGCUGCCACCUCCAACACGGUCGCUUUGUGUACACCCACUCGCUACGAGGUAGCGGAGGGGACGCUGAUCGCAGUAACUACACCUGAGAUGCUCGUCCGUCAAUUGUUGUGUGACCCUUUACUACUAAACGUUGUCUGUAUUAUUUUGAACGAUGUGCAUUUGCGAUCACCUACCACAGAGCUCUGUAUGUCACUUCUGCGCAGUACUUUACAGGUACUAAAGGAGGAACAAGGAGUAAAAAAGCGUGGUGGGCCUUUGCACGUUGUGGCAGAUUGUUUUGAGGAUGCCAUUGCCACGACGGUGACCGAAUUCUUUGGUAAAGAGUGCACAGCCCGCCUAAAUGUUUCUCAGGUGUUGCAGCAGGAUCUCAAGGCGUUUGGUACGGAGGCGCAGCAUGUCAGCCAAAUGUGGUCCCCCCCAAGUGUGCUGCUCCUUGAGGAAACCAUGCAGUGGCUUGCAAAGUGUGAGGAGGAGGGUAGCUGUAUUUGCCGUGACACGGGUGAGGAUCUUCGUAACUAUGUGGAGAACAUUAGCGUGGCGGCGAAGAUUAUGGCGGCCGAAGAAGCGGAGUUUACAAAUAACGAGAAACUCAGAUCCUACUGGUGUCCAAUUAUUGUGCAGGCUGUGAAGCACUACGAUCGUGCGGAGCGCAAAGAAUUGUUGAGGAAUGCCGAGCAGCAAAAACAACAACAAGAACAACAACAAAGACAUCUACCAUCUGUUGUAGUCAUUGUUCCCAACGUAUACAUCGCCUCGGUAGUGGAGGAGGCGCUUCGUCGUGCGAUAAGUGACUCCACAGUUAACUUAGAAGAGGCUUGCCCUCUACCAUUUUCAUUGCAUCUCCUGCUGGAUGGUGUCACGACGCAAGACGUGGAUGAUGUGCUGCGGUUCGGCGAUGCCGCAAAAAGGGAAGGAAAACGAAUGGUCUUGUUGACGACGCCCACCACAGCGCACUCGGUUCUCCCACCCACAUGGGAAAUAGGCUUGGUGGUGGAUUGCGCAAGACGAUCCUACGCUGCGUACGAUGACAGUACGGGUGCUGACGUCUUUAUCACUACCUACAGUCUUGUGCAGGAGCUACGCUACCGUCGAGUGAUUGCUCGCCUUCGCCGAAGCGAGAGCAGUACAGGUGAACAGGAUGCUACUCACCCACCGGUGUGUAUGGUGGUUCAAUUAAUUCCCAAAUCCAUCCUUUACGGCGCCAAACAUCGUCACAUCAGUGUGGAUCAUGGUCACCACCCCAUUUUUAAUCUGAGCUGGGACGAGUACGUCGAUUUGUAUCACCUCCUGCAAGCACGAGAAGAGGGGCUGCGCUGCCGCGAGGUGGGCACAGUUACUCCAAAUUCGGGAACUAAUUAUAUCUUAUCAUCGAUGGUGGCAAACUUGGUCCCUUUAAAUUUUAUAGGUGUCCCAACUGCGUCCACAAGUCGCUAUGAAAAGCUGCGUCGUACAUUUGCGACGGUCGAGCGUCAUCUUAGGCGACUAGGACAUUUGGUGUGUACAACAGUUGACUCAGCUCCACGAUUAUCACCACUCGGUGUGGCUGCCACGUGCUUUGCGUGGCCUAUUGAGGUUGUGCGUCUGUUGCUAUUUGCACGACUCGACGACUGUGUCUUGCCGGCGAGUGUUGUUGCGGCAGCGUGGAUGGUGGGUAAUAUGUUCUUCGAUGCUGCGGCGGACAAGGAGACAGAGGAGCUAAUGAAGGAGGCUCGGGUUUACUUCUCGCUUGAUUCUGGCAGCGAUGUGGUGAGUGUAUUUAACGCCUACCACACCUGGCUUUGCUCACGUAAAGUCUCCAAUGAAGCAUGUGACGCCUUUUUGGAUGAAACCUUGUUGUCGAAUCGGGCCUUAAUGCAGAUUGAGGCCCAACAACUAGCGCUACUGCGUGUACUUGAGGCGACUGGGGUUUUUGGUCUGCCUUUGACCUCUAAGCAGUCGUGUAGCAAUGAAAACGAGGAGGCAGUUCCUGCGAAGAACACAACGGCAACAGAUGUUACCAAAGUGAGGACUACUACUACAACCACCAUAGAUGCAGAUACGGUGGCAUCCCACAUCCUUGAAAUUCCGGUGGAGGACUUGCGAGAAGGGGAAAUGAUCUUUCGAUGCGUGACAGCUGCAGUCUAUCCAUCCUGUGCAAUUCCACACAGUGAUGGAGUCGUGUCGACAAUUGGCUUUGCAGACAAGAUAUCCUCAACAGUGUCUGAUCCCAGUGCGUCCCCCACUCGAACGACCGUGCAUCCAGCCAUCUUUUCACCUAGAUCUGUGAUGAGUGUGGAGAAGAUCUAUCAGCUUCACGCGGAGCAACCGUUUCUGUAUCUGGAUCGCACACGUGUCGUAGAUAAAGGGUUUUACGUCUUGGAGGAAGCGAUACCACUUUCUAAGGAUGCCGCUGUUAUUGUCUGUGGCGAUUGGCAUGAGUGGCCGAAGUCACCGGCAACACGCUGUCGUGGAUGGACUUCGAUAUUAACACAAGCCUGGCGCCAAACAAAACUUGCUCGGUCUCUGCCUCCUCCCGCGCAAUUACCUGCAAUUUCAGUAAAACUAAGGCUGUACGACACAGUUCGGGCUAAAUCGGUGCUCGUGCAGACCGAUGAUACGUUUUUUUUCAGUAUGCGGUCAACAACGGCACAAUGGCUGCAACAGAUGCGGGAUCAAAGCCGUCGGCGACUGAGGGCACUGCUGUGUGAUAAAUCAUGGCCUGCAAGAAGCGACGCGUCACUUGGGCUAAAGGAAGCCUGGGAAUGGUGGUCACGACGAGGGCGUGGGGCUCAAGAUUGGUUGCGGGAAGAGCGUGCCAGCCGUACUGUGGCAAACAAUGACGUUGGAAACCGCGUUGAGACAUUGCUGUGCCCGUAUUAUCAGUACAGUUCCAAUCCAGGACGACCAACAGCUGUGGUGCCUUCGAAGAAUCACAUUGGCUCCGCAUUGACAUCAUCUUUUGCUGCGGCUUCUUCGUCUGCCGCCGCUGCUGGUAGUGGUAGUGUUGUUUUAGAUGCAGCCUCAGAUGCAGCAGGGCGGCAACCUUCGGCCUACGUAGGCAAGCUACCUGAGCCUGUGAUGGAUAAAAAUAUUCAGCAUGUGGCACAAAGCAUUGCCAAGGCUCGUUCCCGUGAGCAAGAAGCCACCUUUUUGAAGAUGUACCCCGACUUGUUUGCCUUUCUUCAUCCUGAGCACGAGUUCCAUGGCUACUACCUUCACGUUUUGCGGCGUGUAGGCCCGGAAUUAGAAAUUCUUGGCGACGACUUGGAGGAGCUUGAAAUAUUUCUGAAGGAGCUGGAAGAAGAGGUGCAGCGGGAGGUUGGCAUCACGGCAACAGACGCCCUUCCCUCCUGUGAGGCACAACCCCACAAUGCUGUCUUCGCGGCAAGUGAGCCAAAUGGCAACGCACAAUAUCAAUUUCAGGAGGUGAACGCGGAGGAGUACAUGGCGUCUUAUGGUAUGCAAGUGGAAACAGCUGCCGAACAUGCAAGAAGGCCACCAACGUUAUUUAAAAUACAUGAUGGACCUGUGUCUGGGCCAACGGCGAUGGAAGGAGCCAACACAGCAACAAGCGUGUUGGGAGCAAUAGGAGAGGAAGCUCCCACAGCGUCCUCUUUCUUUAAUCAACCCAUGAUGUCUGCUAAUGUAGUCUCAUCUGCUGUUCCCCAGGACGGACCUGCCAAAAAUGAAACAGUGCGAAAACCCAUUCAAGUGGAUCCCAAUGCUUUUAUUGGGAACUUUACGUUUGACAGAGGGCCAAAGACGGAGACACCUGCUUUUGACGGUAACAAGGCUGGCGAAGGCAACGGUGAAGUUGGCGGUGCCGGUGGUGGACUGACGCUGAUGGAGCGUCUGUUGGCAAUGAAGGGAGGAACGUCGGCAUCUGUGGACCACGCAGCAGCGCCGGCGUCGAGUAGUGCCCCGGAGGAAAAGGUGUCGCUACAAAUACCCGCAGCUCAGGCGGCACCCUCCGUGAGUGUUGGACUGUGGCCUGCCACAACGCUUCCACCUCCGUCACUUGCGUCAAACCUCACCAACGCCGCCUCUGCCUCCGCGGUUGGUGUUCCAGUAGGAGCUGCUCAGCAGGAAGUGCCAGUGGCAGCAGGUGCGGCACCAAACGCUCCUACUGCAGCCGAAUUGCUUGCAUUGAUGGGCAUUCUCACCCCACCACCAGCUGUGAAUCCACUCACAAUACCUCCACCGCCGCUUCCCGCAGAAGUUGUGGCUAAUCGUUCUCCAUCGAUCCUUGCGUAUCCACUGCCGUCGCGUGAGUUUGGUAACAUUCACCUUAUUCUUGCCAAGGCACUGGGAGAGACAAUGGGUGUUAAGGUGGGGCCAACACACAUCGUUGGCGCCAUCGCACGUAUUGAUGUGCCUAACCACAAGGUGGAGGCACGAGCACUGGAUCUCAAGUCUUUUAUGUGUGUCGGUAGGAAGGUGAAUAUUUUUAAGAAUGACCGUAUUAUUGACGGCGUGCGUCCGCCUGUUCAGAAAGCACAGCCGGAAAAGUCGACACUGCGCGAGGACGUGCCAGGCCAGCCCCACAAGGCGGAUUACGACCCCGAAGGAGCAGAGAACGAGAACGGAAAUGACGUUGGGAUGAAUAACGCGAAGCUGCCGCUGCAAGAGCGGACUAACGAGGGCGGACCUGUCUUCUCGCACUACUCUCAUUAUCUUCCACAAAACGAGCAACGCGAACACCCGUCAGAUGAGACACUAAUGCCAAAGAAGUCGUUGCAUCCGCCGCAGAUUGGUCUUCUGACUGACUCGGAGGACUGCGAGGAUUCCUCCAGCAGCGUGCACUCGUCGGAGGCAGUCGCGUCAUGA